GCCUGCUGUGUGUGAGAAUAGAAUCGACAGAGACAGUGAAGGUACAGAGGAUGAGGAAGUGAGUGUCAGUCUCCACAGAUCUGGGCUCAGUGACACACAGACGUAUGGAUCCUCUGAUGCUCCUGUUUCUCCUCAUUGCUGGGCUCACAGGUGCUGACAGUGUGUCCACAGUGAGCAGGGUGUCAGUACUGAGUGGAGGAUCUGUCACCAUCCCAUGUUUCUAUGAUGACAGACAUAAAACACAUCUGAAAUACUGGUGCAGAGGGAAUAAUAUGGAUACAUGUACUCCCAUAGUACACACUGAUUCUCCACAGGAGGGUAAAGUGUCAGUAACAGAUGAUCCUGAUCAACAAGUUUUCACCGUGACCAUCAAAAAUCUGACAACUGGGGACUCUGGUUACUUCUGGUGUGGUGUGAGGAUCAGUGGAGAUUCAGAUGUUGGAGACCAGGUUACCCUCUCAGUGACUGACGGUGUGUCCACAGUGAAAUGGGUGCGUGUACAGAGAGGAGGAUCUGUCACCAUCCCAUGUUUCUAUGAGGACAGAUAUAAAACUCAUGUGAAAUACUGGUGCAGAGGGAGAGAAUGGAGUUCAUGUACUCCCAUAGUACACACUGACUCUCCACAGGAGGGUAAAGUGUCAGUCAGAGAUGAUCCUGACCAGCGAGUCUUCACUGUGACCAUCAACAAUCUGACAGACGGGGACUCUGACAUCUACUGGUGUCGUGUGGAGAUCAGUGAAGCCUCAGAUCUUGGAGAUCAGGUUUCCCUCUCAGUCACUGUUGGUUCCCAAAGGCUUUCAGUUGACAAACAGGAGGUGGCGGGUGUGGAAGGAGACAGUGUCAGUGUUCAGUGUCGCUAUGGAAACAGUGACAGUCUGAAGUUGUGGUGUAAGAUCGGGGGCUCCUGCGCACCAGAGAGAUCUGUGAGUUUGGAUGGGAGGCCUGUCCUGAUCAGGGAUGACAGAGUAAACAGAGUCUUCAGUGUGACAAUGAGAAGACUGGAGAGGAAGGACACUGGCUGGUACUGGUGUGAUGCUGGAGGCUUGCAGAUCCCAGUUCAUAUUACUGUCAACCCAAUAAGCAUGACUGAAUAUGGAGGGAAUAAUGAAAAACUGAGCUCCUUGGUCCAGCUGGUUCUGUAUGUAGGACUGGGCUCAUUGGUGCUGCUGUUGGUCAUCAUCAUCAUCACAUGGAAAGUGUGGGACAAACACAAGAAAAAAAUGGCCAAGAGACAAAAUCCGGGAAGGACAGAAUUGACACUGAACCCAAACCAUGAAUAUACAGUAACUGACAGAAGUGGCAUCAUCGAGGGAGCCCCCCCAGGGCAGGCCUCUGAGGAGCCUGGUGCUGAUGUCACCUACAGCUCCAUUGUCCUGCGAGACCCAGAGCAGGUGUCCUCUAGAUGUUCUUCACACUGUCCUGCUGUAACCCCAGCCAGCGACGUGAUCUACAGCUCAGUCGCCCUGAAGCACAGAGAGAUAAAAGGCCUGGAGUUGAUUUGCGGUGUCUUGUUUGCAUUUGGAAGAUUGAGGUAUGAACAUACAACAUGCGGUCAAAGGAAUUCGGUAUGCAGGUGAAACAGGCCAUCCUUAGGCUGCGAAAACAGAAAAUAACUAUUUGAGAAAUUGCCACAACAUUAGCAGUGGCAAAAUCCACAGUUUGGUACAUCCUGAGAAAGAAAGAAAGCAUUGGUGAACUCAGCAACGCAAAGAGGCCUGGACGUCCACGGACGACAACAGCAGUGGAUGAUCGCAGAAUCGUUUCCAUGGUGAAGAGAAACCCCUUCGUAACAGCCAACCAAGUGAACAACACUCUCCAGGAAGUAGGUGUGUCAAUAUCCAAGUCUACCAUAAAGAGAAGACUGCAGGAAAGCAAAUACAGAGGGUUCACUGCAAGAUGCAAGCCACUCAUGAGCCUUAAGAAUAGAAAGGCUAGAUUGGUCUUUGCAAAACAACAUCUAAAAAAUCCAGUACAGUUCUGGAACAGCAUUCUUUGGACAAAUGAAACCAAGAUCAACCUGUAUCAGAAUGGAAAGAAAAAAGUAUGGAGAAGGGCUGGAACAGCUUAUGAUCCAAAGAACACCACAUCAUCUGUAAAACAUGGAGGCAGUGUGAUGGUUUGGGCGCUCAUGGCUGCCAGUGGCACUGGGUCUUUAGUGUUUCUUGAUGAUGUGACACAGGAUGGAAGCAGCCAAAUGAAUGCUGAGGUGUUCAGAGACAUCAUGUCUGCUCAAAUCCAGCCAAAGUGAUUGGGCGGAGUUUCAUGAUACAGAUGGACAAUGACCCAAAACACACAGCAAAAACACCCCAGGACUUUAUUAUAGCAAAUAAGUAGAAUAUUUUUGAAUGGCCAAGUCAAUCACCUGAUUUAAACCCCAUUGAGCAUGCAUGUCACUUGCUAAAGACUAAACUACAGACAGAAAGACCCUCAAACAAACAGCAACUGAAUGCUGCUGCAGUAACGGCCUGGCAGAGCAUUAAAAAGGAGGAAACCCAGCGUCUGCUCAUGUCCAUGAGUUCAACACUUCAGGCAGUCAUUGCCUGCAAAGGGUUUUCAACUUAGUAUUAGAAUUGAACAUUUUAUUUGCAGUUAUGUUAAUUUGUCCAAUUACUUAUGAGCCCCUGAAAGGAGGGGAUUGUGUAGAAAAAAUAAUUAAAGCUGAAAGUCUGCACUUCAACUGCAUCUGACUUCUUUCUUUUAAAAUGUAUUGUAGUGAUGUACAGAAUUUAAAAAUGGAAAAACUUUGUCUCUGUCCAAAUAUUUAUGGUCCUGACUGUAUAUUUCCUUUGACAUCAUAUACAGCCACGAUUCCAACAUCAUACAUGCUGACAUUUUAAAAUCUUAAAAUCUUAAGCCAGAUGAAAGUGAACUAAAGAGAUUCCCCUCAUUAAUCUAUCACUCUGGUUCAUUUCCGGUUCCUGUAGCAGUAACAUUAACACACCAA